CAAACUUUUUAGAUCCAUUCAUCCACAAACGGACCCUUAGGUUGUCCUCAUGUGUCGCUGUUGUAAAUAAAGCCGCCACGAACACAGGGCGCAGCUGUCUUUCCGAGACAGUGUUUUCAUUUUCUUUGGCUAAUUUCUCAGAAGUGGAAUUUCUGGGUCAUGUGGUAGUGCUGUUUGUUUGCUUGUUUGUUUCUUUGUUUUUAGGAAACUCCUUGCUGUUUUCCAGUGGCCGGGCCGGUUUGCCUUCUUGCCCACAGGUUCCAAUUUCUCCACGUCCUCAGCAGUGCUCGUCACUUUUUGUCUCCCUGAUAGUGGCUGUUGGCUAUUUGAUCCCGGCCCGUACAGCCUCCAGUGGGAGCUUCUUGUCUCAAACUGCACCUGCCAGCAUGUCACCACGUCACUCACCAUCUCUGUUCCUUUUCUUGGUGGGUGUAGUGUACCAAGGGCAGUUGGGGACGUCAUCGGCUGCUCUGGGGACUGACUCCUGAGGCCUCUGCCUUCCUGUCACCACCCCCCCCCGCCCCCGUCCGCCACCUCCGAGCCUCCUUUCAGCCUCGCACGGUCACAUUUCCUUCUUACCUCCUCCGUCCCUCUGUUUGCUCCUGCUAGAACUUUCUUUCUGACCCCAGCUCCUCAAUUUCCCAGAGUCGCUAGAACUGUAGGCCCCCUGCCCCAGGACUCACAGACCCCCGAAAGCAGCUCCCCCAAAAUGAAUCGCAAACAGGCUGGAUGUUUUACCCACUCAGAUGUGGCUUGGGACAUGUCCAGACUGCUGCUCCACGUCACUCAGGUUUCUUGCCUAAAAUGCUCAGCCUCCUUAAGAUUGUGCGUCAGAGCAGAGAGAAUCUUAAAAUUCUCCGUAAACAUCAGUAAAGAGUGCCAGGCUUCAUGUUGAACAGAGAACUGUUAACUUUAUCUUUCUGCCGUAAACACAUUCCCAAUAAAAUAAACGUAAAAGAAAGCAAAAAAGAGAACUCAUAGAAACUAGCGAAUGUUGUAUUACUGCAUUUAUGCCUGACUCGUGGCUAAUUUUUUAAAUGUGAAAACUUUAGCACUUCCUUUUGUUAGGGCCGAGUACCAUGGCAUCGUGUGUCUGAACCGUAACUUCUUUGUCCAGUCGUCUGUUCGUGGGCUCUCAGGUGGCUUCCAUAACUUGGCUAUUGUAAAUAGCGCUGCUGUGAGCGUAGUGUGCAUACACUUAUGAAUUAGUGUUUUGGCAUUCUUUGGAUAAACACCCAGAAGUGCAACGACAUGAAUGGACCUAGAGAGUAUUAGGCUGAGUGAAAUGAGUCAGACAGGGGAAGACAAAUGCCAUACGAUUUUACUUACAUGUGGAAUCUAAGGAAUGAAAGGAAUGAACAAACAAACAGCCACAGAUACAGAGAACAAACGUGAUUGCAGAGGAGAGGGGGUUGGGGACAGGGUGAAAAAGAUAACGGGGUGAUGAAGUACAGAUUAGUAGUUACAGAACAGUCACGGGGGUGUGGAGCACAGCGCAGGGACCACAGUCAAUAUUGUGAUGGCUCUGUGUGGAGCAUGGGGCACUAGACUCACUGGCGAAGUCACUUCAUAAGUUAUAUAAAUGCCUAACCGUUGUGCUGUACACUUGAAGCUACUCAUAAACAUAAAUAGGUAAAGCGGAAACCAUAAGCUGUCUUUCUGAAUCUGUGUUUCUAUGCAUAUGUGUACACGUAUGCAAACACAUGUACGUAUGCGUAGAUGAUAGACAUGUAAUUUCCCUACCUCCUGAUGUUAUUACCUGAUUAAUUUAUAAAAUCCCUUAAAGGAGUCCCAGCCUAACUGGCUUAGGGAGAAAGAAGCACAGAUAGAAAUGAAAUCUUCUUAGAUUCCCAGAGAUAUAGGGACUAACUCGCACGUGCUCCAGGUUUCCCGGGUCGAGUCCCGUUCGGCAGGCGAGGAUGCUUGGCCGUUGACCUAGCGGCACAGGUGAGUCCUCGGAGCCGUCUGCAUUCGGUGCGGUGUGAGCGCACGUUCCUGUGCUGCCCGUGCGUGCAUGAGAUCAGGUUCGCCUCGGACGCCCAGACCCUUCACCCAGGACCCGAAGCUCGUGCCCUCGACCCCUGACGGGCUGGUCAGGGGCCACGUGCACAUCUGAGUGCCGGACGGUCGCUCUGUAAACGUCCCCGAGGCGGAGGGUCGCACUUCGAUUCCCGCGUGUUUGCAGGCACCCCGGAACCUGGGCCAGAAUCCCAGGAAACCAGAGGUUUGGCUGAGCGUCCACAGCCUCACAGAUGCAAUGAGUUAUGUGCCACAGAAACGAAUAAUUCUCCUUAUCAAAUGAACCUCAUCUGUCUACAGCCCUGGCCAUUUUAGGUCAUUUGUCGUGGACGGUGACCCAGUGGGAUGGCCGUGCGGUGGCAGUGGGUGGCUGCGGCCGCGCCCCUGGACGCUUAGGGAGCUGCGGACAUGGUGGUCACCAGACCCAGCAGGACAAGAGUUACUGGCCCAGGCCGGAAGAACCGACAAGAACCGUUGUGAUUUUUUGACUCAUUAGUUUGAAAUUUUUUUUUAUUUUUAACGUUUGUUUUCAAGAUUAUAAGCAAUCUUUUUUUCCUCUUAAGCCGUUUGUAACUUAACAGAAGUUUGGUGGACCAGAUCCUCGUGCACGAGGACACCACAGGACACCAUCGGAAACAUCGGCGUGUCACCACGGCUUUGGCGGGGACGUUGUUUGGGGACGACGUGGAUGGAGCAGUGUCCGCAGCCUCCCUACCAGACCCUCACUGUGCAGACUUCAGGGCCACCCACAGGCAGUGUGCCCAGCGAUGCUUUGGACCGCCCUUCCAUCGUCCCACGUGCCCCUCCAUCCUUGUCGAGGAAGAAGCCAAAAUGGCAUCCUUCACCUGGUGGAAAGAGGAUGGCGGGCAGUGCGGACCCGCGGCCACCGUCCAGGAGCCUGGAGGCCGGCGGCCAGCUGAAGGGCGCCGGGUCCCUGCGGGUCGGCGGCAACACGUCCCGGAGGUCCCGUGUCGGCGGGAGGACAACGGCGCAGGGGACCAUCUCGGACCGCCUACACCUGCGACGGACCACGGAGCAGCACGUGCCGGAGGUGGGCGUCCAGGUGAAGCGGAGGAGGACGGCGUCGCUGAGCAGCCACGAGUGUCCGCUGUACCCGAGGCGGUCCCAGCAGCAGGAGCCCGUGGUGGACUUCCAGGCGGAGCUGAGGCAGGCCUUCCUGGCCGAGACCCCGAGGGGUGGCUGAGGCCAUCCUGGACGUCCAGGCCCCGUGCUCUGCCGCCGCUGCCCGCUGCCCGGCUGGCGUUGUCUGUGGCAGGACCUGUGCCGUCCCUGGUCUGUAGCCCUCCCUCAGGUCGGCGGUCCCGAGCUUCACCGCGAACGUCGGAUCCGGUGGGCCUG